GAGAGACGGGGCGGAGCCUUAGGCCCGAGCCAAGAUGGCGGCUGCGAAAGCAACCCUCACGGACUCGCUCUCGUUUUGCCUCGCGCAGCUCACAGCGGCGGCCGGGGAGGGUCUUUAUGGGGGAAAGGACCCAGCUACCAACGAGACACCCCUAGGUCGUGCGCUCUUGGCUCUCCGCACGCGCCACAUCAAAGCAGCGGGGGGGAUCGAGCGCUUCCGGGCACGCGGCGGACUCCGCCCACUUCUCGCCCUGCUACGGCGAGCGGCUGCAGCGGACCCCGCCCCGUCCCCCGCAGGCCCCGGCUCCGCCCCUUUGUCUGUUGCGUCAGCUGCUUCUGCUGGUCCCUCUCCCUCCCCUAACCCCGCCUCUUCUGCUGUGUCGCCGUCUUCGCCUUCGCCGCCAAUGCGCCUGCGCAAAACGCUGGACUUGGCGCUCAGCAUCCUAGCCAACUGCUGUACGGAAGGGGCGUGCCGGGCUGAAGUGCGCAGACUCGGAGGCAUUCUCCCUUUAGUGACCAUUCUGCAGUGUGUGAAGACAGACAGCAUACAGAACCGAACGGCUCGUGCACUGGGGAACUUAGCCAUGGAACCUGAGAGCUGUGGGGAGAUCCACUCUGCUGGUGCUGUUCCCUUACUUGUGGAGAGCCUGACAGCCUGCCAGGACUCUCAGUGCCUGCAGAGUGUGGUGCGUGCCCUCCGCAACCUGGCAGACUCACCGCAGCACCGCCUGGCCCUGGCACAGCAGGGAGCUGUGCGCCCACUGGCUGAGCUCCUGGCUGCUGCCCCAGACCCUGCGCUGACCUCAGCCCUCGUGCGUGCCCUCCUAGAACUCAGCCGAGGCUGUACCCGGGCCUGUGCUGAGCAGCUAAGUCUGGGUGGGGGGCUGGGCCCACUCGUCAGCCUGGCUUCUCACCCGAAACGGAUGGUUCGUGAAACAACAAUCCUGAUCCUCGCCAACUUAUGUGCCCAAGGCCUGGUCCGGCCUGCACUGGGCAAUGCUGGUGGUGUGGAGGUAUUACUAGGUGAGCUCCGGCGACGCCGUGGCCCCAGUGGGGCUAGUCCAGCUUCCCAGCAGCCCCUAGUGCGGGCUGUGUGCCUCCUGUGCCGAGAGGCCAUCAACCGAGCCCGUCUGCGGGACGCUGGUGGCUUAGAGCUUCUGAUGGGCCUGCUGCGGGACCCUCGUGCCAGUGCUUGGCAUCCACGAGUUGUGGCUGCCCUUGUGGGCUUCCUUUAUGAUACUGGGGCCCUGGGCCGGCUGCAGGCCCUGGGACUUGUACCUCUCCUGGCUGGACAGCUGUGUGGCGAUGCCGGCGAAGAGGAAGAAGAGGGGAGAGAAGCUGCUUCCUGGGACUUCCCUGAGGAACGGACCCCUGAACGGGCAGAGGCUGGAAGCUUCCGAAGCCUCAGGUCAUGGCUGAUCUCUGAGGGCUACGCUGGAGAUGUCUCUCCAGACUGGUCUCCUGAGCACUGUCCACUGCCAGAGCCCACAGACCCCAUCAGUUCCACCCCUGGGAAGACCUCACUGCGGACCCCGGGCAUACCGCGCACACUGGGCCGAAGCCCUGCUGGCCCUUCUGCCCUUGAGGAGCCCUGGGGCCGGGAGGGGCCAGCGCUGCUGCUGCUCUCACGCUUCUCUCAGGCUCCUGACCCAAGCGGGGCCCUUGUGACCGGUCCUGCACUGUGUGGCCUGCUGGCCUAUGUGACCGGUGCACCAGGCCCACCAAACCCACGUGCACUCCGCAUCCUGGCGCGCCUCACCUGCAACCCUGCCUGCCUUGAGGCCUUCGUGCGCAGCUACGGUGCGGCACUGCUGCGUGCCUGGCUAGUGCUUGGUGUUGCACCGGAUGACUGGCCUGCACCCCGGACCCGGCCUGUGCGUCGAAACCAGCACCGAGAACUGGGUGAGAUGCUGCUGCAGAACCUGACUGUUCAGGCCGAGUCACCCUUUGGAGUUGGUGCCCUCACUCACUUACUGCUGUCUGGAAGCUCUGAGGAUCGUGUAGCCUGUGCACUGACCCUGCCCUUCAUUUGCCGGAAGCCCUCUCUCUGGCGUAGACUACUUCUGGACCAGGGUGGCCUCCGCCUCCUCCUCACAGCAUUAACUCGGCCAGCUCCACACCCACUCUUCCUCUUCUUUGCUGCAGACUCCCUUUUCUGCCUCCAAGGCCUGGUGUCUCCCACGAUGAGCCCCGCCUUUCCAGCUGCAGUCCCGGUGGAUGUAGAACCCCCCUCCCCUUGCCUCUAUGAACCUCUGCUGGGUCCAGCCCCCGUCCCAGCUCCUGACCUGUACUUUCUGCUGGACUCUGGGCUGCAGCUUCCUGCUCAGCGAGCAGUCUCAGCAACUGCCUCCCCUUUCUUCCGGGCCCUGCUAUCUGGCAGCUUUGCUGAAGCCCAUAUGGACCUGGUGCCACUUCGAGGCCUGUCACCCAGUGCGGCCUGGCCUAUCCUGCAUCACUUGCAUGGCUGCCGGGGCUGUGGGGCUGCACUGGGGCCCAUCCCCCUGGCAGGGCAGCCACUGCUAGGUUCAGAGGCUGAGGAGGCCCUGGAGGCUGCUGGACGUUUUUUGCUGCCUAGUCUUGAGGAAGAGCUGGAAGAAGCUGUAGGCCGCAUCCACCUGGGUCCUGAGGGUUCCCCAGAAUCAGUGGGUGAAGUAUUCCGCCUGGGCCGUCCCCGACUAACUGCCUACUGUGCACGCUGGACACUGGGGCCAGCGCGGUGCCCAAGGAAGCGGGCCCUGGCCCUCGCAGGGCUCGUGGAGGCAGCGGGUGAGGAGGCUGGGCCUCUUACUGAGGCAUUACUGUCCGUGGUGAUGGGGAUUGAGUCAGGGGGCAAGAGUCCCAGCCUAGAAAGUUGAUUGCCCUGGAGAAGACCCAAGGACCCAUUCAUUGGCUGUAAAGGACGCAUCUCUCAGAGUGGCACAAGACGAAGCUGAGCAGAAGGCUUCACCACCGAGGACUGAGGAGAGGAUGGAACUGGACCCCAGGAUGAUGGUCUAAAGCAAGACAUGAGGAACCAGGGCCAAGAUCUGGCUGUGGGGCCUGAGAGAAGAGGAACAGCCCAGGGCCCUAGAUACCUGGCUUGGGCCUGCCCUGUGGAGCUGAAAUUAAAGAUGUUGGAGUUUGAUCCCA